AUGCCAAGUACUAGCCAAAACAUUCAAGCAGCACGUGUGAUUGAACCACAUAGUAAUGCAGUUCUUCAUGUUGGAGAAAAACACGUUAUCCAAUGGGACACAUCUUCCAAUCCAACCAUAACUGAUAUCGUGUCUGCGAACCUCUAUAAAGGUUUCGGUUCAGACAUCAAGCUUAUACAAUCAAUCCCCAUCAACCGUAAAGCUUCAGCAGGUUGUUCCGAACCUUUUGUUGUGCCAAACACGACGAGAGGUUAUGAUUAUUUUUUCAAUUUAAUUGGAGGAAAUGGCGAAGUUCUAGCUAGCUAUUAUUUUAAUAUUACUGCUAAUAAACAAUAUACUCGAUAUUGUACUAGAUAA